AUGUCAAAUCCUCUCUCACCCCUCUCUCCCUCCUACCAGAACGCACGCGCCCAAUCCCAGAUGGCGAACUCUUCACCCUUUAUUCACAAGACCCUUGAUCGGACACUAGAGCAAGUUGCACCAUCAAGUCCAUUGAAGCCAGAAUGGGCAAGCCGUGCCGCACCGAGUUCGAACGCCUAUAACGAAAACGAGGACUAUUACCCUAACGAACCUGAGCACGAAAACGAUGAUAUAAAUGAUGCCGAAUCAUAUCAGCCCGGUGCCAGCUCACCGUUUCAGUAUGAUGGACGCGAAGAUACGGUGGAUUUCCAAAAACUACGGGAGAUGCGACAGGCCUCGUCUCAACCCCACCCACGACUUAGUGCACUAGAGGAAGAGGGCCCAGAAAGCUCUCCGUUCCGUCCUAGUGCAAGAGAGGAUACCGUAGAUUUCAGAUCGCUGCGUGAGGUGCAGCCCAUGUCACCGGGACUGGACAAACGUCUGGCCCUGGAGGAGCCGAUGAGCUCUCCCUUCCGUCCCAAUGCCGACGCGGAUCCUGUCGAGUCCCACAACACGUAUGAGGAGCAAAGUUCAUCGCCACUACCUCACCCACAACUUGAGUCAUUGGAGGGAGAGGGCGAGGGAAGUUCUCCGUUCCGACCCCAUGCCCGAGAAGACACGGUGGGUUUCCAGGGACUGCGCGAGGUUCAGCCUAUGUCGCCUGGCCUGGGAAGGCGGCUGGCUCUAGAGGAGCCGGCCAGCUCCCCGUUCCGCCCUGAUGCGCGAGAUGAGACAGUCGACUUGGAUCGUUUGCGCGAAAUGCAAAAUGACUCGCCAAUCUUCAAAGCGCGGCCAUUACCCGAGCCCGUCAGUUCUCCGUUUCGCCAUGAGGCAAGGAAUGUAACGCCUGAGGAUCCGGAUCUACAUGAUGUGAAACACGACUCGCCGGUAGUUGCGAAGUGCCCUUCACCUACUGCGGCACCUAGUUCACCUAUCCGCGCCGAAACACCAGACAUUGUUGAUUCUCCGGACAUGCAUCAAGUAUCACCGGUGAAGCCUGCAUACUCCAGCCCUGCGGUUGAGUCGAGUUUGCCCAUGCGCAAAGAUGCACAGGACACUGUGGAUUCUCCGAAGCUACAAUCGCAGGAAACGCCUCCGGCUGAAUCCAAGUACUCUUCACCUGUUCCAGCACCUAAUUCGUCUUCCCGGUCCAGUCCCAAGGAGAGUUCCCUUGAUGUUCAGAAGCCGCGCCAAAUCUCUCGUGGAUCGCUUGGUCUGGGUGGCCGGCGCUCGGUUGCGGCAACUCCGCGCAAAAGAUCGUACGAUGAAACACCUCAAGAUCUUGAGGACGACUUACAGAUGAAUGACCGCCAUAAGAAGGGCAUGAUGAGCCGACCAGAGCCACUGGCGAUUCACAUUGAUGCCCAAGAGGAACCUAGUCUGCUUCAGGACCAGAGCGUCCUUUCCGCUGCGAAUGCUGUGCAGGACCGAUCGGACCGAUCGGCGAUUGAGAACAGCAUGAUGGAUGACAAGCGCAAUGAGGGUAUGAGCACAGUGCUCCGGGAGGAUGGCGACAAGGAGAAUACCACCCAGUCUCACGAACACUCGAUGGUCGAUGAUUCGAUGGAUGAUACUUGCUUGAGCACAUUCUCAGCCGUGCCAGAUCUGACUACAUUUGCGAAACUCCGCGCCCAGUCCCCAAUGAAGUCAAUGCGCGGCAGUGUUGGCCCAGCUUCUCAUGUGGACGAGCAUCGACGCAGCAUCGACACGACUACCCCGAACACCAAUCGCAGAGCGUACAAGGCGAGCGCCUACCUCGAUGCGAACUCGCCGAUGGGAUCACCUACGCCAAGACCUAGAGGUCCUCGCGACAUGAAUAAUCAAGGCGAAUCUGCCAAUUUGCUCGAUUUCACUGAUCAAAUGGACUUCUUCCCUCGCCAGUCCAUGCAAAGCGCUCGUUUCUCUCCCUCUCGGCGGUCGCCCAUGCGACCUGCCCGGCCGUCUAUUCGAUCGCCUGGGAAGAUGUCAUCUCUGUUGGAUUUCGAUAUCCCGGCUGCGCCCACCCCCCGUUCCAUUCCCACGGUCACCCCCCGUGAGUUGGAGUCACUCAAGUCCGGUUUCUUGUCUGAGAUAUCGUCUCUCAAGGCCAAUCUCAGCGGCAAGGAGGCGGAAGUUGCCAGCCUCAAGCAGGCAGUGGCAGAUGCCGAGAGACGUGUCGGUGAAGCUCUGGAAGAAGUCCGCAAUGAAGCCGCUAGCAAAGAGGUGCUAGAGAUGGAGCAUGCCGAGUGGGACCGCCGAAUACAGGAGAUGGAGACCGUCCUGCGGUCCGCCCGCUCCGAAUUGGUGGAAGGGGAGCGGGAGCGGGAGCGUCUUUGUCAAAGGGCAGAGGAGGCAGAAAAGGCCAGGGAGAAGUUGGAAGGCAAGAUGGUCGAACUCAAGAGUCAGCUUUCCGCCGCGCGUGCUGCAGUUGUGUCCAGCAGCAGUAAAUCUGGCACCUCUCACCAGUCUUCCAACUCAACGGAGGAUACUGCUCGUGAAGUUCAAGAUGCGGUUGAGAAGGUCGCUCGUGAACUCCACGUGCUCUACAAAGGCAAACACGAGACCAAGGUCGCAGCCUUGAAGAAGAGCUACGAAUCUCGCUGGGAGAAGCGAUUGCGUGAGGCAGAGAAGAGGCUCACUGCCGCCCGCCAGGAGAAUGAACAACUUCGCCUCGAACGUGAUACUGCGCAAUCUGAUUCAAUGGCCGCAGCCGAUGCCAGCCUCGUCAGUCGCGAGAACGACAAGCACGAGGCGGAGAAGCGGGUCAUGGAGGCCCAAAUCAAGGGUCUGCAGCGGGAGAUGGCUGCUCUGAAAGAGGAUACCGAGCAAAUUCGGGCCAAUCUGGAGACUGAACGCGCGGAGAAGGGCGAACUCGUUGCUGCUGUUGAUGAGUGGUUGGCCAUGCAACAGGUCCCCCCAUCACCUCAACCUGGAGACCGCGAGACCUCUGUCGCAUCUUCCGUACGCAACGACCACAUUGAUGAGCCCGCUCAACCAUCUCGUGAAGUUACGCCCGAUGACUUCCGUCGCAGUGUCAGUCGUUCCGUGUCCGGGAGUAUUCGACCUCCUGCCGCACAAAAGCGAAUCCCUCGAUUUGGUGCUCCCAGUGGUCAUUCGCGCGGUAACAGCAGUGGCAAGUCCGGCAUUGCGAUGCCUACUCCCGGUCGCGGGAUCAUGAGCUCCAUCGAGAGGAUGGGCCGUGGUGGUGUUUAG